AAUAGCUCUCGGAUAAUUCAUCAUAGGCUUCUGGUUUCUAUUGUAUCUUCGGAGAGCCCAACGCCAACCGAACCCCCAGUCAACGCGGGCUCUCUUUUUCUCUCUCUCUCUAUACUUUCUUCCUCUACACCUGCUUUCAAGAAAAACCCUAGAACCUCCCAUUUCAAUACAUACAUACAAAUAUAUAAUAGAAUUAUUGUACAUAAUUCACUGGUAUUAUAUUGUUAAUCGUUUUAUUUGUAUCGAUUUGGCGUAUUUCAAUGCCUUUGAAUGUUAAUUAAAUCAGUAUUAAUUUAAUGGCGUCGGAGAUCGAGGUCGUUGACGAGGUCGAAUCUAGAGAUCGAGAAUCGGCGGCGGCUGGUGGAGGCGAAGGAGAGGCGAGCGGGAGUGGAGGAGCGGAGGAUGAUAGUCUGCGGAACGACGUGUACACGGCGGCGGCGUAUGGAGAUUUGGAGAAGUUGCAGAGAUUGGUGGAGUGCGAGGGUUGCUCCGUGUCCGAGCCCGAUGGCCUUGGAUACUAUGCGUUGCAGUGGGCUGCUCUGAACAAUCGCACUGCUGCUGCUCAAUAUAUCAUUGAGCAUGGGGGAGAUGUCAAUGCUGCGGAUCAUACUGGCCAAACUGCAUUACACUGGAGUGCGGUUCGGGGCGCAAUACAGGUUGCAGAGCUUUUACUCCAAGAGGGUGCUCGGGUGAAUGCCGGGGACAUGUAUGGAUAUCAGACAACACAUGUUGCAGCACAAUAUGGUCAGACAGCUUUCCUUUAUCACAUUGUUACAAAAUGGAAUGCUGAUCCUGAUGUUCCUGAUAAUGAUGGAAGAAGCCCUUUACAUUGGGCUGCAUAUAAAGGUUUUGCUGAUUGUAUACGGCUUCUCCUUUUUUUGGAUGCAUAUAGGGGACGUCAGGACAAAGAGGGUUGUACUCCUCUCCAUUGGGCUGCUAUUAGGGGGAACUUAGAAGCAUGCACAGUCCUGGUGCAGGCUGGGAAGAAGGAGGACCUGAUGGUGACUGAUAAUACUGGCCUUACACCGGCACAGCUUGCUUCUGAUAAAAAUCACAGACAAGUGGCUUUUUUCCUUGGAAAUGCUAGAAGGUUGCUUGACAAACGUUGUGAUGGGAAUAGCCGUCUUGGUCAACUGUCGAAAUUAGGUCUUGCACCUAUGCUUUGGUGCAUAAUCUUUCUGCUACUUGUGACCUAUAUUCAUUCGGUUAUCAUGGCUUCGAAUCUGCCAAAGCUAACUGCUGGUUUUGGCCUUCUUGCAUGGUUGGGUGUUUUCCUUGCAACUGCUGGUCUAGUUCUGUUUUAUAGGUGUAGCAGCAAAGAUCCAGGUUACAUCAAAAUGAAUGUGCAUGAUCCACAAAAUAUGAAAGAUGACGAACCUUUAUUGAGGAUUGAGAUAAAUAAUCCUGCUCUGCUAGCUGGAAAUUGGUCUCAGCUCUGUGCAACAUGCAAGAUUGUCAGGCCUCUUCGUGCAAAGCACUGUUCCACCUGUGAUCGUUGUGUUGAACAAUUUGACCAUCAUUGCCCUUGGGUAUCUAACUGUGUUGGCAAGAAAAACAAAUGGGACUUCUUCUUGUUUCUUAUUCUAGAAGUUUUUGCAAUGCUGAUAACUGGUGCAGUCACCAUUACACGAGUUUUGACUGAUCCAGUGGCUCCAUCUUCUUUUGGAGCAUGGAUGAGCCAUGCUGGUAGUCAGCAUCUCGGUGCCAUAUCAUUUCUGGUUGCAGAUUUCUUCCUCUUUUCUGGUGUGGCUGUCUUAACUGUUGUACAAGCUUCUCAGAUUUCCCGCAACAUUACAACAAAUGAAAUGGCGAAUGCAAUGCGGUAUAGCUACCUUAGAGGAGCAGGUGGUCGGUUCCGUAAUCCAUAUGAUCAUGGGUUGAAGAAGAACUGUUCAGAUUUUUUGAUCAAUGGGUACAAUGAAGACGUGGAGCAUAAUGAAGAAUCAGCAGCUCAAUCUGAGGAGGGGAUUGGAAUGAUGCAUAUGGCUAGGAAUUCAACCCUGCAAAAUGGAGUUGGCCAUUCUCAUCAAACCAAUGGAAAUAGCCAUGUGGUGAUCAAUGUGAAUAACACCACCACAAAAACCCAUCAAGGUCAUGUUCAUUCUUCCCACUGUAGCCAUAAUAACAACCAUGGCAGAUCCGAUUCUGUUCCUAUAGGCUUGGGUCUUGGCUUGGGACGGAAUACUAGUCGUUCUGUGGUGGCUUCAUGAUAUAACACUGCUUGUAGUGGUUGGAAUUGGUGCCAUGUUUUGUAUCAGUAACUGUGUGUAAGCAUACAGCAGGUUUAGCUUUUAUAAUUCAAUUGAUCAUUGUUUAGUUGUGUGGUGCA